AUGAACGUCUCAGCCACAGUCAAUGUCCUCCGCUUGCUGGUCAAUCCGUCACUGUGUCUUCCGCAUCAUACGAUAGCAACAUUCGACCAACUACCAGUCCCUCUUUCGCAAGCCUUCACAAAACAUGGGUCAGACAAGAAACCGGAUAUCAAAGCCGUGGUCCUCGACAAAGACAAUUGCUUUGCCCUUCCCAAGACGAACGUGAUUCACAAACCUUACAUCGCGAAAUUUGAAGAACUUCGGACAGCGUAUCCUGGCUCAAAAAUCCUCAUAGUAUCAAAUUCGUCUGGCACAAAUUCGGAUCCACAUCACGCGGAAGCUGAUGUGUUGGAGCAAAAUACUGGGAUCAAAGUCCUCAGGCACAGCACUAAGAAGCCAGGAUGCCAUUCUGAGAUCAUGGAGUACUUUCGUAGUCAUCCUGAUACAGGAGUGAGCCACGAAAGCCAGAUUGCGAUUGUAGGGGACAGAUUGUUCACCGAUAUCCUCAUGGCAAAUAUGAUGGGAAGCUAUGGAGUAUGGAUUGAAAAUGGGGUCAAACAGGACUAUGGAUUCAUGACCAGAGUCGAAAAGGGCCUUCACGGACUCUUGGUCCGGAGACAGUUCGUGCCCCCUGAGCCCAUGAGCCAAUUCGAGUGAACAAUGUUUGAGUCCGAGUCUACCUAUAACUUCAAGCGCCAGACCGUUAGAUCAAGGUACCAAAGUCUUAUGUCCUGCGUUUUGCAUCUCACGAAGAUGAAGCCGAGCUGCUCUCGCUAGCGGUGGUUACAAAGAGGCACUUCAAUGUGUGCUUCUUCACUUAUCAUCAAUUCGAUCGAUUUCGAUGGCCUAGAAUGGGCAAUCUUCGCAGCGUGAAGCUACGCUAUACCUUGACGGAGGUGGUGCAUGACUGAGGGACCAAAGUCGGCUUCCAGGUCGGACGCUCCGUCGUUCGACCUAACACAAUGUCGAUGUCUCGAUUUGUAUACGUUUGCAUGCGCCAGUAGACCCAGUUCGAGAUAUGCAUGCUGCACGAGUGCCUUGCUCGGGUACCAGAGCUGGGGCUACAUCUGUGCAGACAUUGUGCGGAGAAAGACGAGUGGCUGAAUGUUGCCUUCGGUAACGAUGCGAACGAGUUCACAGGAUCGGCCAGUGAUAUGAAGUCCCGAAUAUCAGUCGUGGACCGUCUCGAGGUUUGUUGGCCAGCACCCCAGGAGCUUGCACGACAGAGCACGAGCUUCGACUUAUCACAAAUCGAUGCUGAGACAGAUGUUGAUGGGCGAGGUCGAUGGAUCCUAGCCCGCCUAAAAUGCUGUCCCGC